AUGCCCGCUCUGCCCCUGGACCAACUCCAGAUCACCCACAAGGACCUGAAGACAGGAAAGCUGAGGACUUCGCCUGCGCUGCACCCCGAGCAGAAGGCAGACCGGUAUUUUGUGUUAUACAAACCGCCCCCUAAAGACAACAUUCCCGCCCUAGUGGAGGAAUACCUGGAACGCGCCACCUUCGUAGCCACUGACCUGGACUGGCUCCUGGCCCUGCCGCAUGAUAAAUUCUGGUGCCAGGUCAUCUUCGACGAGACCCUGCAGAAGUGCCUGGACUCCUACCUGCGCUAUGUGCCCCGGAAGUUCGACGAGUGGGUGGCCCCGGCCCCCGAGGUUGUUGACAUGCAGAGGCGCCUCCACCGCAGCGUUUUUCUCACCUUCCUCCGUAUGUCCACGCACAAGGAAUCCAAAGAUCACUUCAUCUCGCCCUCUGCUUUCGGAGAAAUCCUCUACAACAACUUUCUGUUCGACAUCCCAAAGAUCCUGGACCUCUGCGUGCUUUUUGGAAAAGGCAACGCCCCGCUGCUGCAAAAGAUGAUAGGAAACAUCUUUAUCCAGCAGCCAAGUUACUAUAAUGACCUGGACGAAACCAUGCCCACCAUCCUUCAGGUCUUCAGCAAUAUCCUCCAGCACUGUGGUCUGCGUGGGGACGGGGCCAGUGCCACGCCCCAGAGGCUCGAGGAGAGGGGCCGGCUCACCCCCAGCGACAUGCCUCUCCCGGAGUUAAAGGACGUCGUCCUCUACCUUUGUGAUACCUGCACUACCCUCUGGGCCUUUCUGGACAUCUUCCCUCUGGCUUGUCCGACCUUCCAGAAACACGACUUCUGUUACAGGCUAGCUUCCUUUUACGAAAUAGCCAUUCCCGAACUGGAGUCUGCAAUUAAGAAGAGGAGGCUUGAAGACAGCAAGCUGCUAGGUGACCUGUGGCAGAGGCUCUCCCAUUCCAGGAAGAAGCUGCUGGAGAUUCUCCACAUCCUCCUGAAUCAGACCUGCCUCCUCCCAGUCCUGGAAAGCAGCUGUGACAACGUCCAGGGCUUCAUCGAAGACUUCCUUCAGAUCUUCAGCUCCUUCCUGCAGGAGAAGAGGUUCCUUCGGGAUUACGAUGCACUCUUCCCCGUGGCCGAUGAUGUCAGCCUUCUGCAGCAGGCCUCAUCCUCCCUGGACGAGACACGGACCGCCUACAUCCUCCAGGCGGUCGAGAGUGCCUGGGAAGGGGUGGACCGGAGGAAAGCCACCGACGCCAGAGACCCGCCCGCAGCUGAGAACCUUAACGGGGUGGGGGAGGCGGCGGAGGCGGUCAGCGGGCUCUCCACACUCCCGCAGGAGGAGGAGUGCCUGGGGGCGGCUGCAGCCCCGGGCCCCACCGUGUGCGGUGUGGAGCUGGACUCGCUCAUCUCCCAAGUGAAGGACCUGCUGCCGGACCUCGGCGAGGGCUUCAUCCUGGCCUGCCUGGAGCACUACAGCUACGACCCCGAGCGGGUGAUCAACAACAUCCUGGAAGGGCGGCUGGCCCCCACCCUCGGCCAGCUGGACCGCGGCCUGGACAGACAGGUGAAGCCAGACCCGACGCCCCUGGUGACGUCCCGUCACAACGUCUUCCAGAAUGAUGAGUUUGACGUGUUCAGCAGGGACUCGGUGGACCUGAGCCGGGUGCACAAGGGCAGGAGGAAGGAGGAGAGCGCGCGGAGCCUGCUGAACGACAAGCGCGAGGUGCUGGCGCAGCGGCAGCGCUAUGAGCAGUACAGCGUGGUGGUGGAGGAGGUGCCACUGCAGCCGGGCGAGGGCGCGCCCUGCCGCGGGGACGACUACGAGGACGAGUACGAUGACACGUACGACGGCAACCAGGUGGGCGCCAACGAUGCGGACUCGGAGGACGAGCUCAUCAGCCGCAGGCCCUUUACCAUCCCUCAGGUGUUGAGAACCAGAGUGCCCGGCGAAGGGCAGGAGGACGAGGAGGAAGAGGAGCUGGAGGCUGCAGUCGAAGCCCCCAAGCCCGACCACUUUGUGCAGGACCCUGCGGUGCUGCGGGAGAAAGCAGAAGCCAGACGCAUGGCCUUCCUGGCCAGGAAGGGGUACCGGCAUGACAGCUCCACAGCGGUGGCCGGCAGCCCCCGGGGCCACGGGCAGAGCCGAGAGACAGUGCAGGAACGCAGGAAGAAGGAAGCCAGCAAGGCCACCCGAGCCAACCACAACCGGAGGACCAUGGCUGACCGCAAGAGAAGCAAAGGCAUGAUACCAUCGUGA